GUGAGGAAAGUGGAGUGGAAAUACGAGGCAAGCGCGGUCCGUGUUUUGUGUUUGUUUUGCCGUCCUUUGGUUUUUUAUUUUUCCUACAGUCUCUUCGCUCAUUCAUUUUUUGCAUGUGCCUGCAGAUUUGGAUAUCUCGUAUUUUGAAGAGGAAAGCAAGACCACAUUUCCAAAGGCGUUCAAUUUAAGGACAUUUUUGGGCGAAAGCGGACUAUUUCGUGACUGAAAAUCUGUACGCAUGGGGAAUAUGACCAGGAUUUGAAGUGCCUGGGCAUCACUGCAUUUACAAGGCGUGCGUAUUGUUUUCCUAGCGUGUAUUCUUGCUAAGUCAAUCCACCAGUGCAGACACAUCGGCACAAAACUAUAAAACUAUUCCUGACAAAGAACAUCAUCUUUUGAGGAUAAUGUACGGUCCACUCCCGUCUCGUGCGCUGUAGUUUGUUUGACUAUAAUUAGCGUGAACUAGUGGAUGCGUAGCCUACAUUAUCAACAUUUUAUGUGUACUUCACUGAAAGUUGUAAAAUUAAACAAAAUAAGUUACUAUAUUGGUUUAAGCUAAUUAUGACGCCUUGCCGUUUCAUCUAAAUUAAAAGACUCGAGCCUUUUUAUCACAUCAAAUUACUCACCUAGCAUUUCGAGUCUUUCUUAAAACAUUGAUUCCGGUGAAAAAUCUAUUGUCUAUCACCGAUGUGGGUACAGGCUCAGCCAACGGGCACACGACCCAGCUGACAGUACCCCUGAGACCACUUGCAUUGACCGUUUGGAGCACCUUGCCAUCUGGAAAAUAAGCACCGAGCCCAUAUAUCCCGGAGAUUUUGGAUCAACAUGGAACUCUUGGCACGACACAUCACCUUGCUUUGGAUUGUACUUCUGAGAUGCCUACUCUUCGUGCGGACAGAGGAAGAGGUUCUGAUGAACACCAAGACGGAAACAUCUGACCUGAAGUGGACCACCUAUUCUCCAGGCAAACCCGAGUGGGACGAGAGCAGCGGUCUGGACGAGGAGAACAACAGCGUGCGGACGUACGCCAUCUGCCAAUCGGACGGGACGGUGGCCCACUGGCUGCGCAGCAAGCUGAUCGAGCGGCGCCAAGCAUCGCAGGUCUACGUGGAGCUGCGCUUCACCAUGAUCGAGUGCUCCUCCAGGGACACGCAGUACCGCAGCUGCAAGGAGACCUUCAACCUCUACUACUACGAGACCGACACGGACGACGCCACCGCCACCCACCCCGCAUGGAUGGAGAACCCAUACACCAAGGUGGACACGGUGGCGGCCGACUUCCUGCUCCGCAAGGGCGGCGAGCGCAAGUUCAACGUGAAGACGCUGCGUCUGGGCCCGCUGACCAAGCGGGGCUUCUACCUGGCCUUCCAGGCGCAGGGCGCGUGCAUGGCGCUGCUCUCGGUGCGCGUCUUCUUCAAGAAGUGUCCCGAGCUGAUGCGCGCCCUCUCCGUCUUCCCCGAGACCGUGCCCCACUCGCUGGUGCAGGAGGCGCAGGGGCACUGCGUGGCCAGCGCCACCUACCGCGGCAACGACGCCCCCAAGAUGUUCUGCGGCGAGGACGGCCAGUGGGUUGGCCAGCUCACGCCCACCUGCGCCUGCGAGCCCGGCUACGAGCCCAGCGACGGGGACCUGCGAUGCAGAGCGUGUCCUGCGGGUCACUUCAAGUCUUCACUGGGUCCUGGUGGGUGUGUGCUGUGUCCUCAGUCUAGUAGUGCUGCCCAGGCCGGAGCCUCCUACUGCAGCUGCAAGCCAGGCUUCUACAGGGCCCCCACCGACACACCAGACAUGCCCUGCACCCGCCCCCCCUCGGCCCCGCGUAACAUUGUCCCUGAGAUCAAUGACACCUCUGUCACCCUGGAGUGGAGCGAGCCGGUGGACAACGGCGGCCGUCUGGACGUGACCUACACGGUGGAGUGCGCCCUCUGCCCCCCUCCGGGGUCCCCCGGGGGCCCCGCGCCCGCCUGCGGCCCCUGUGGCGACAGCGUCAGCUACCGGCCGGCCCAGCGGGCCCUCUCCCAGCGCCGGGCCACCGUCUGGGGCCUGAGGCCACACACCACCUACACCUUCACCGUGCACGCGCUCAACGGGGUCUCCCAGUACAACAGCAAGGGCUCAGCCAGCGACUCGGUCAACAUCACCACCAGCCGACACGUUCCCGUGGUGGUGACGGGCAUCAGGAAGAGCCUGGCCACCGAGUCCAGUGCCACGCUGCAGUGGCCCGUGCCCGCCCAGACCCACUACAGCAUCCUGGAGUACCAGCUGCGCUACUGCGAGAAGGACCGUCUGCCUGAGGAGCAGUCUUGCCGCUACAAGGAGAGUGACAGUAACCAGGUGGUGCUGAGUGACCUGCGCAGGGCGACGCUCUAUGAGGUGCAGGUCCGCGCCCGCACCAUGGCCGGCUUCGGAAACUUCAGCCGCGUCUACGCCUUCCGCACGCUGCCCGACGAAGAUGACUCCUCCUCCCCGCUGCUGGUUACCGGGGUGCUGAUCGCCGUGGGGAUGCUGCUGCUCAUCACCGUCAUCAGCGUGGCCGUCUUCUGCAUACGCAGGCAGAAUCGAUUGAAGGAUCCUGAGCUGAAUGACAAGAAUGGCCAGUAUCUGAUGGGUCAAGGUGUGAAGGUCUACAUCGACCCCUUCACCUAUGAGGACCCUAACGAGGCGGUGAGGGAGUUCGCUAAGGAGAUCGACGUGUCCUUCGUCAAGAUCGAGGAGGUCAUCGGCGCCGGUGAGUUUGGUGAGGUGUGUCGUGGCCGUCUGCGUAUCCCGGGGAAGAAGGAGAACUACGUGGCCAUCAAGACCCUGAAGGGCGGCUACACGGACAAGCAGCGGCGCGACUUCCUGGCGGAGGCCUCCAUCAUGGGCCAGUUCCAGCACCCCAACAUCAUCCACCUGGAGGGCAUCAUCACCUCCUCCUGCCCCGUCAUGAUCAUCACCGAGUUCAUGGAGAACGGGGCCCUCGACUCCUUCUUAAGGUUGAACGACGGGCAGUUCACGCCCAUCCAGCUGGUGGGCAUGCUGCGUGGCAUCGCCUCGGGCAUGAAGUACCUGUCGGAGAUGAGCUACGUGCACCGCGACCUGGCGGCGCGCAACAUCCUAGUCAACUCCAACCUGGUCUGCAAGGUGUCCGACUUCGGCCUCUCCAGGUUCCUGCAGGAGAACUCCUCCGAUCCCACCUACACAAGCUCACUGGGAGGUAAGAUCCCGAUCCGCUGGACGGCCCCCGAGGCCAUCGCCUUCCGCAAGUUCACCUCGGCCUCCGACGUCUGGAGCUACGGCAUCGUCAUGUGGGAGGUCAUGUCCUUUGGAGAGAGACCCUACUGGGACAUGAGCAACCAGGACGUGAUAAAUGCCAUUGAGCAGGACUACCGGCUGCCCCCUCCACCCGACUGCCCCACUCACCUGCACCAGCUGAUGCUGGACUGUUGGCAGAAGGAGCGUACGGCCCGGCCGCGCUUCGCAGCCAUCGUCAGCGCCCUGGACAAGCUCAUCCGCAACCCCGCCUCGCUCAAGAUCACCGCCCAGGAGGGAGCAGGGCUGUCCCACCCCCUGCUUGACCAGCGUCCUGCGGUGCCCCCGGCCUCCUGUGACUCGGUGGGGGAGUGGCUGAGGGCCAUCAAGAUGGAGCGCUACGAGGAGGCCUUCCUCACCGCCGGCUUCACCUCCACACAGCUGCUGGCACACCUCACCACAGAGGACCUGCUGCGAUUGGGCAUCACCCUGGCCGGCCACCAGAAGAAGAUCCUGUCCAGCGUCCAGGCGCUGAGGAUGCAGAUGCAGAAUAAGAGUCCCGGCAGCGUGCAUUUCUAACCUGGUGGUGGACCUGGAGCACCUGACCUGCCCCCAUCACAGCCCAGCCUGUCACCCCAGCCCUGCCCAGCCCUGCCCUGCCCUGCCCUGCCCUGGCCUAGCCACCCCAGCCUCUAGCCCUCACUGGCCCAGUUCAGCCUCUACCCACCCUGGAUCACCCCCAGCAUACCCCAACCUAUUAGUCCACCCUGGCUCACCCAGGAUCACGAUCACCCCCGACUCUAGGCCACCCUGGCUCACCCCAUCCAAGCUCAGCCUGUAGGCCACCUUGGAUCACUUAGCCCAGUCUAGCCCAGCCUGUUACCCCAGCACCACCUCCUUUGCCCCCAUCGCCCACCCCAGAGAAGAUGGCUCUCUGCACUCCACUGCACCAUCGCCCACAAGCACCCCAUGCCUACUUCAGCCCCUCUACCCAGCACAUAUGGAGCUAACCCCUCCACCCCUCCACCCAGCAUCCCUCCCCCCUCUCCUAUCCUCUCCUCUCCUCUCCUCCUCGUCUUGCUCCAGUAGAGCCACUGACUGACUGUGACAGCGUUGGAUGCUCUUCAUUGCCCCCCGUCCGCAGCCAAAAUGUUUGGCCAGUCCAGCGCUGUGGCCGGGAUACAGAGAGACAGAGAAAUAACAUAAAAAAGCCAAAUGACACUUGGUUUGAGAUGGGCCUGCAGUUGGACAGUGCCAACACGUUUCCAGGGCCGAGAUGUCACCGAGUUCUUCGAGAGAGAGACUCUAAAAAAGAGUGAUUGUGGGGGGAGAGACAGGAAGAGAGAAAGACAUGGUUGGCCUGGCAAAAAAAGGGACUUUAUGGGAAAAAAAACGUUUGAAAUGGUCUCCUGACGGCGCUGUGCUUGAGACAGAGCCAAACAAAAUUCUGAACGAGUGAUGCGCAUGCCAACUGAGGAUGAACACGUUCAGAAUUGGGAGUAUCUAAAAAUGCCAAACCGAGGAUGAAAGCCUGGACUUUGUGAGUGUAUUUUGUAAAAAAUAAAUAAAUAAAAUAAAAUAAAAUAAAUAAAUGAAUAAAUAAAUAACAAAAGAAAAAAAAACAAAAUCAUGUUCUCACUGACCGCAUUCGAAUAUUUUCCACGAUUGCCAUCUGAGCAGAAAAAAAGCUUUUCUUGUUUGAACUGAUGAGAAGUGUUUUAAAGAUGCCUGUGGUUUUUGCCAAGAAUGUAUGGACUCCAAAGUAUGUUUUUCUCAAAAUGAACCGAAUGAACCAUGCAUUCUGUAAACAAACGCACAUUUAGAGUAUGUGUGUCUAUGUAUGACCUGUUUGUCGCGUGUUUUGUCAAGAGAGGACGUUGCUCAUGCUAUAAGUGUUAUGUCUUCACACGGUUUCCGUGGUGACAACACACAUAAGGUGGGCAAGCACUUGUGUAUAUUUUGAAGAGGCUUUUAGUGAGGCACAGCGGAGGUCCUCAGUCAGCACACUUUUGAUGUUUUGUGUGAAUGUGUUUGGAGGACGUCUGCAUUUUUUACACUUAAAAAACACCCAGUUGAAUCGAUGAGAAUAAAAAAACACCCUUCAUAGACCAAGAGACCUGUAGAAUGCUGUAUUUUUUUCUAUAUGGACUUUACCUUAAAAGAUAAAAAAGGAAAAAAAAACAUCAGGGGAUUGUCAUGGUCUUAAUUGAAUACAAAAAAACAUUCUCUCUCUUUUUUUUCCAAGAUGGCCUCCGGAGGGAAGGUAGCCAUGUUUUUGAUUUAUAGCAUAUGGACUUCAGCAUAUGUUGGUGUCGCCACGGUUCACUGGUUUCAUGCGGUCAAACUGCGGUGCCAUUUUACACAUGGGCAACCGACGUCAACGGUUUUUGUUUUGGCAAGAGGAGGAGUAAAAAAAAGAGAACAGAAAAGAUGCCGUCUUCAUAAAAGCAUCCGUGGAACACACAAACUUUUCCACCCUGACCUGCUUUCUCCUAAACAGGAUUUGUGGGGUUAAGAGAAGAGCGUGGAGCGUGGUCUUCACAUUGGAGACUCCACAUUGGCUCCGCUGCUGUGUCGCGUUGCCUUUUUUAUGUUGUGUAUAAAUAUCUGGUUUAUGUAAAUGAGUUUAAUCCACUCUUUAUGGUCUCUCUGUGUAAUCUGUGUUCUGUCACAAUAAAGAUUCAUACCUCUGCUCA